AUGGCGACCCUACAGGAGAUGAUUGAGGCGCUGGCCUUGAACCUCCCCAAUGUCGCUUUGCCAGACGAACAACACAUCAUGCCAGAGACGAACCAGGCUAUUUCUGGGGCGCAGGACACCUCACCGGGCCACGAGAAGCGUCCACUCACUCUCACCGACCUCCCAGCCGAACUUCGCGACCGCAUCUACGAGCUCGCACUCUACCACCACGAGAACGCUGGCGUGGUCUCACUCCCCGCCACCACCCCGCACGCAGCGACCAGAAAAUUGUCGAUCGCUGGAUUGUGGCAGGAUGUGGUCUGCCCUGCUCCCAGUGCACUCCAAGGCGCCGACCCAACAACGUUCCUGCAACAAGCCAUCGCCGCCAAACUCCUCACUCAAGCCGAGGUCGACCGCUACUCGAAUGUGAACGAUGUUAGACUCAGGGACGCCCGAUUGGCAAAUCUCAUCCUGAUGGCGAAGAAGAGAUCUCGUGGGCGUGGCUGGCAUCCCAUGUUCCUCUUCUACGACAGCAACGGGAUAAUGCAUCUCCCUACCGGUCACAUCUGUAUAUAUCAGUGUCUCCUCCAGCCUAGCUUGACGAGAGUCAAUCGCGCUGUGAGGGAGGAAGCGCUAAGUGUAUUCUACUCGUGCAACGCCUUCGAGAUCCGGAGUUUGCAGGCCAACAUCGAGCAAGCUGUGAGGUGGUGGCGCGGCGUGGGCGAUUCGAAUCUCCGGAGCAUGAACUCCCUGCUUCUCUGCUUGAAGCCGAGUGUCGAGCUGCAUUUUCAGACCACCGAAUAUGACGGUCUUCGCGUUAGGCUGGAGGUGAGGAAGCAGGACGGAAGUGCUUUUAAGGUCUUGUUGGUGGAGGGGAAGGUGCAGUUGUGGAUUGGCUCCCCGGGCAUGACCGCGGCGGGAGACCGAGCACGCCGUCGUGGGGCUGGCACUGUCGACGACCAUAGCGAUCAGGAUACUGACGAGGACAGUGGCGCCGAAAACAGCACUGUGAUUGUCGGCACGAAUCGAGAAGACAUCGGCACCAUUGCGGGGAACGAGAAUGGAGAGCAGAACACUUACCCUACAGCCCGUGAGCUCUCUCGUGCUAAGGACUUCAACCCACAUAUCGUGGCAGCCUAUGUACGCAUCGUCGAGCCCUUCGUCGAAGGCGGUCUCUGCGUGCAGACGAUCGAGCAAGCGAUGGCGGAUCUGAUUGAUGGGUGGAGUAUACACGGUCGUCAGGCCAGGGUGGUGCGGAGUUUUCAUGGGUGA